CCAAUUUCUUCGGGGUUUGGAUUCGGAGUGUCUGGGUGGCCGAGCUCGGCCCCGGGGGACCAGCAGCAUCCCGAGCGGACGAGCUACAGGAAUUCAAGAUGCUGCUAAUGCAGAGGCUGAUGCUGGGCAGGCUGAGGGCCAGCCAUUGCAGGAGCCUCCACAGCAAGCCGGUGAUGGCACUCAGGAGGGAGGAUGUGAAUGCCUGGGAACGAAGGGCACCUCUGGCUCCCAAGCACAUCAAAGGUAUCACUAACCUGGGAUACAAGGUCUUGAUACAGCCUUCUAAUCGGCGGGCCAUUCAUGACAAGGAAUAUGUGAAAGCUGGAGGCAUUCUUCAGGAAGACAUUUCAGAAGCUUGUCUAAUUUUGGGAGUUAAAAGGCCCCCAGAAGAAAAAUUGAUGUCCAAGAAGACAUAUGCUUUCUUCUCCCACACAAUAAAAGCUCAGGAGGCCAAUAUGAGGUUGCUGGAUGAGGCUCUGAAACAGGAAAUACGGCUUAUUGAUUAUGAGAAAAUGGUGGACCACAGAGGAUUUCGCAUAGUAGCAUUUGGACAGUGGGCAGGUGUGGCAGGGAUGAUCAACAUUUUGCAUGGAAUGGGCUUAAGGCUCCUUGCUUUGGGACAUCACACACCUUUUAUGCAUCUUGGCAUGGCUCAUAACUACAGGAAUAGCAGUCAGGCUGUGCAAGCUGUCCGUGAUGCUGGCUAUGAGAUAUCUCUGGGUUUAAUGCCAAAGUCAAUAGGGCCCUUAACAUUUGUUUUCACAGGGACUGGUAAUGUAUCAAAGGGUGCUCAAGAAGUCUUUAAUGAGUUACCUUAUGAGUAUGUGGAGCCUCAUGAGUUGAAAGAAGUUUCGAAAACUGGAGACCUCAGGAAAGUGUAUGGGACAGUGUUAAGUCGCCAUCAUCAUCUUGUCAGGAAAACAGAUGGUGUGUAUGAUCCUAUAGAAUAUGAGAAAUAUCCUGAGCGCUACACAAGUCUUUUUAAUACUGAUAUUGCACCCUAUACAACUUGUUUAAUUAAUGGAAUCUACUGGGAACAAAACACCCCUCGCCUGCUAACUCGCCAUGAUGCUCAAAGUCUCCUGGCUCCAGUAAAGUCCUCCAUUGUUCCCGUUGAAGGCUGCCCUGAAUUACCACACAAACUUGUAGCAAUAUGUGACAUUUCAGCCGACACAGGAGGGUCUAUAGACUUUAUGACCGAGUGCACCACCAUAGAGCAUCCCUUUUGCAUGUAUGAUGCAGACCAGCACAUUAUUCAUGACAGUAUCGAAGGCUCUGGGAUUCUGAUGUGCUCCAUUGACAAUCUGCCAGCACAGCUUCCAAUUGAAGCUACAGAGUACUUUGGAGACAUGCUUUACCCCUAUGUUGAAGAAAUGUUAUUAUCAGAUGCUUCACAGCCUCUUGAAAGUCAGAACUUUUCUCCAGUGGUAAGAGAUGCAGUGAUCACAUCCAAUGGUACAUUGACUGAUAAAUAUAAAUACAUCCAGAAGCUUCGAGAAAGCAGAGAACGUGUUCAGUCACUUGCAAUGACUACUAAGAAGAAGGUCUUGGUUCUUGGUUCUGGUUAUGUAUCUGGACCUGUUUUAGAAUAUCUGUCAAGAGACAGCAAUAUAGAAAUAACAGUAGGCUCUGAUAUGGCAAGUCAACUUAAACAGUUAAGCAAAAAAUAUAAUAUCAAUCCUGUUAGCAUAACUGUUGGUAAACAAGAAGAGAGGCUGGGCUCCUUGGUGGCAUCACAGGACCUUGUCAUCAGCCUCCUGCCUUAUGUGUUGCAUCCUGUUGUGGCCAAGGCAUGCAUUACCAGCAAAGUUAAUAUGGUUACUGCAAGCUACAUCACACCAGCCCUGAGGGAACUGGAAAAGAGUGUGGAAGAUGCGGGCAUCACACUCAUUGGCGAAUUGGGGUUGGAUCCUGGUCUUGAUCACAUGUUGGCAAUGGACACAAUCGAUAAGGCAAAAGAAAUGGGAGCCACGGUUGAAUCUUAUAUUUCUUACUGUGGUGGGCUCCCAGCCCCAGAACAUUCAGAUAAUCCUUUAAGGUAUAAGUUUAGCUGGAGCCCAGUGGGAGUUCUGAUGAACACCAUGCAGCCGGCCACCUAUCUGCUGGAUGGAAAGGUUGUGAACGUGGAGGGAGGAGUCUCCUUUCUUGAUGCAGUCACUCCUAUGGAUUAUUUCCCAGGACUUAACUUGGAAGGCUAUCCAAACAGAGACAGUACCCGAUAUGCUGGGAUUUAUGGUAUUCAGUCUGCUCAUACAUUGCUGCGGGGAACACUGAGGUAUAAGGGAUAUUCCAAAGCUUUGAAUGGAUUUAUAAAGUUGGGUCUUAUCAAUAGAGAAACAUAUCCUGCCCUUCGACCUGAGGUCAACCCUCUCACCUGGAAACAGCUUCUCUGUGAUCUAGUUGGAAUUUCACGCUCUUCUUCAAGUGAUAUGCUUAGGGAAGUUGUCCUCAUGAAACUGGGAGGAGACAAUACCCAGCUGGAGGCUGCUGAACAGUUGGGCUUACUUGGGGAGGAGCAAGUUCCUCAGGCGGAGUCCAUUGUGGAUGCCCUCUCCAAGCAUUUGUCUUCAAAACUCUCCUAUGGUCCUCAAGAAAAAGAUAUGAUUGUGAUGAGAGAUAGCUUUGGAAUCAGACAUCCUUCUGGACAUUUAGAAAAGAAAACCAUUGAUCUUGUGGUCUAUGGAGAUUUCAACGGCUUUUCAGCAAUGGCUAAAACAGUGGGGUUGCCCACGGCCAUGGCAGCCAAAAUGCUGCUUGAUGGUGAAAUUGAAGCCAAAGGCCUGAUGGGGCCUUUUACAAAGGAAAUCUAUAGUCCAAUACUGGAGCGGAUUAAAGCAGAAGGCAUUAUAUGUACUACCCAGAGCACAAUCAAACAAUAAUUAGAAAUUAAGUUAUUUUGUCUUGCCAGUCAACAUAGUCCUCAGUGUGUGUGACAAGCAUUUUUGCUGAUAUCCAUUUUAUAAAGUCUCAAGCAUACAUAUUUUGAAAAAGCCAACAGUACUUUCAAGAUAAAGGUCCCCAUUUUAAUAAGUAUUUUAGAUGUCAAUCAUUACCAGAGAACUUUAAUAAUUCUGCCAUGUAUUUUUCAUAUGUAUGUAAAAGCAACAGUGAUGAUACUGCUUGUUAAUUUAUUGUACCUCUUUUUUUCUUUCAAGAACAUAUUUUCUUAUAAUCAACAAAUGCAGUUAUACUGUUUUAGCUGAGAGAAGCCUCCUGCAGUUAUAUUUUUGAAUUUUUCAAGUUGAUUUGGCUAGAUAGCUUUAGAUUGCAUCUUAUAAACUCUGUAAAGUUAUGACUUAUUUAGUAACAUCAUUUUUUAUCAUUUUCUGUCAUGUGCCUGGAGAAAGGAUCGGAUGCCAUUAAGACACAACCUGUAUGACCCUUGCAUUAGGUAUAGCAAAAAUGUCUGACAAAAUACAUUACCCUUUCAUGAUUAAAACAGCAACAUUCAGUGAACUGGAGGAGAACACCUUCAGCCUUGUAAAUAUCUAUUAAAACCCAAAUCUUGAUUAUGUUAAA